AGGAAGCCGCGGGGAUCCCCAGGCGACCCUAGUGUGGACGCAAUCCGAGCGAACCUCAGUUUCCCUGUGGGAGCUGAGGGUGGAUGGGGUUGGCCUGGAGCGAGCAGCGCAGGCGGGGCGGGAGAAAUGCGGUCCUGGGAGGGCGCAGGCAGGCUCUGGGCCCAGCGGGUCCUAGAACCCGCCGGCUGUCCCCGCGGGCGGGCUGCUGCGGACGCCUGGGCUCUCCCCGCGCGGCUGCCUGCCUCACGCGGUGCGGGCUCGGGGGUCCUAGAGCCCUCCAUGUCACAGGCUUUUGUCCCAGGCGUGGGACCCUCCUGGCAAGGGCCCCGGCGCCUGCUGCCCCCUCCCCGGCCGAGGUCCUGGCCGCCCCUCCCGCGGUCCUAGAGAACGCCAUCUUGCAGGCCUUUGUCCAGGUCCAUUCAUUUGUUCAUUCUGUCAUUCUUCGUUCACUCUUUCUUGCCACGUUCUCCGCGGCCACAUUUUCCCAGGGUUGUUCCGAGACGAGUCAGCCCCAGCCCUGUGGGGCUUCUCGCGGGAGCGCCGACACCUAGAAGGUUGCAGGGAGCGAGAAGCGCAGGGUUCUUACAGCUCUCGGCCUCUCCUCGGUGUGUCUCGUAGGCCCUAAAGCUCUUUAAACUCCCACGUACCUCAGCAAUUGAUUUCACUGACGAGAAAACAGGUUCAGUGCGCCGUGACGCCCUUACUUAUACUGCCUAUUAAGUAUUUCCGAAGGCAUUGGGAAAGCGAAUAUUUGAAGGAUGCAAAAGAGUUUUCCCAUGGGAGAAGGCAAGCAACUGCUCUCGAGGCAGAGGGCACUGUAUGUGGAGCUGCAUUUAGAUGGCUGCAGCUUUAGUCUCUUGGGAUGGGGUCACUGUCGCUGGAGCUGAGGCUGGUAAAGUAGCUUGGGAUUAGAUUGUUAACCGACCAUUUUGGAGGCCUAGGAGAUGAUUAGCUCUCACCUCUGCACAGUUCCCCAUCCUCCAUCUCACCAAAUCUCUCAUAGGCCGUGAGGCCUUUUGGGUGACUAUUUGUCUAGACAUGGAGAGACCUAGGUGCAGAGAGAAUAGAAAGUGGUUCCUUUUUUUCACCUCAUCCCUGUUCGCAGAGUCCUGGUCUAAACUCUCUGGGAAUUAAACCUCUACAUGGGAUGAGUAAUGAAGCAAGUCUUCAUUUUCCUCCUAAGUCAAUAGUAAAGCAAAGACAAGUCCCCUUCACUAAAGCAAUGAAUCCACUGGGGGGACAUAGGGGCGAUAUUUGGACCUUGAGAACUUGGACAGGCAGAGAAAUUCAGUCAUUAAAUAGUUGUUGACAGACAUUCUCACAAAUGCCUGCUAUGGCUGCAGGCCUGGGUUUGAAUUCCCUCUCAGAGGUUAAUUCUUUCAGUUUGUUUUGGGGUACCAGUCACAGUUCUAGGUGUAGUAGAUACAGAAUAAUAAAGGUUCCUGGCUUUUGCCAGCCUAGACUCUUGCGGAGAAUUAACAACCAAGCCGUAAAAUGGAACUUUGUCCAUCGAGGCCAUGGAAGUGGAGUCUGCAGAGGCCCGGUCACCAGGCCCGGGUUACAAGCGCUCGGGCCGCCGCUAUAAGUGCCUGUCCUGUACCAAGACGUUUCCAAAUGCGCCCAGGGCAGCACGACACGCUGCAACACAUGGGCCUUUAGACAGCGCAGAGGAGACAGGAGAGGUGAAGCUGAAGCCAGAGACAGAGCCCAAAGCCGAAGAUGCCAGCGGGGACAAGGUGUCCGGUGCAGCGGCUAAACCCAGGCCUUUUGCGUGCCUGCUCUGCCCCAAGGCUUACAAAACGGCACCCGAGCUGCGUAGUCACGGGCGCAGCCACACUGGUGAGAAGCCUUUCCCUUGCCCCGAGUGUGGCCGCCGCUUCAUGCAACCCGUCUGCCUGCGCGUGCACCUGGCCUCGCACGCUGGCGAGCUGCCUUUCCGCUGUGCGCACUGCCCCAAGGCCUAUGGUGCGCUCUCCAAGCUCAAGAUUCACCAGCGCGGUCAUACGGGUGAGCGGCCCUACGCCUGUGCUGACUGCGGCAAGAGCUUUGCCGACCCCUCUGUGUUCCGCAAGCACCGGCGCACACACGCCGGCCUCAGACCCUAUGGUUGCGAGCGCUGUGGCAAGGCCUACGCAGAGCUCAAGGACCUGCGCAACCACGAGCGGUCCCACACAGGUGAGCGUCCCUUCCUCUGCUCAGAGUGCGGGAAGAGCUUUUCCCGCUCAUCCUCGCUCACGUGCCACCAGCGCAUCCAUGCAGCGCAGAAACCCUAUCGCUGCCCAGCCUGUGGCAAGGGCUUCACGCAGCUCAGCUCCUACCAGAGCCACGAGCGUACUCACUCUGGCGAGAAGCCCUUCCUGUGUCCACGCUGUGGCCGCAUGUUCUCCGACCCCUCGAGCUUCCGGCGCCACCAGCGGGCGCAUGAGGGCGUGAAGCCUUACCGAUGUGAGAAGUGUGGCAAGGACUUCCGGCAGCCGGCGGAUCUGGCCAUGCACCGGCGGGUGCACACAGGCGAUCGGCCAUUCAAGUGCCUGCAGUGUGACAAGACGUUCGUGGCGUCCUGGGACCUCAAGCGGCAUGCUUUGGUGCACUCAGGCCAGCGGCCCUUCCGCUGUGAGGAGUGCGGGCGAGCCUUCGCCGAGAGAGCCAGUCUCACUAAGCACAGCCGGGUGCACUCGGGUGAGCGCCCCUUCCAUUGUAACGCCUGUGGAAAGUCCUUUGUGGUGUCGUCAAGCCUGAGGAAGCAUGAACGGACCCAUCGAAGUAGUGAGGCCACGGGGGCUCCGCCACAGCAGGAGCUGGUAGUGGGGCUGGCACUGCCUGUCAGUGUGGCAGGCGAGGGCCCAACGGCCCCAGCAGCAGGUGCAGGGCUAGGGGACCCUCCAGCCGGGCUGUUAGGGCUGCCCCCAGAAUCAGGAGGUGUGAUGGCCACCCAGUGGCAAGUGGUGGGCAUGACAGUGGAGCAUGUGGAGUGCCAAGAUGCUGGGGUUGGGGAGGCCCCUGGUCCCUUGGCGGGGGCAAGUGAGGUAGAGGGUGAGGAGGUUGAUGAGAAGCCACCGCAGUUUGUGUGCCGGGAAUGCAAGGAGACGUUCUCCACGCUGACGUUGCUGCGACGCCACGAGCGCUCACACCCAGAGCUCCGGCCCUUUCCCUGCACCCAGUGCGGCAAGAGCUUCUCAGACCGCGCUGGGCUGCGCAAACACAGCCGCACACACAGCUCCGUGCGCCCCUACACCUGCCCCCAUUGCCCCAAAGCCUUCUUGAGUGCAAGCGACCUGCGCAAGCAUGAACGCACCCACCCUGUGCCCAUUGGGACCCCCACGCCCCUUGAGCCCCUUGUGGCUUUGCUAGGAAUGCCUGAAGAGGGGCCCGUCUGAGGUCCAUGCACCUUCAUCUGCAUUCUCAGGAGCCCAGCCCCCAUAGGGUGCCUCCUGAACCUCCCUUUGCAUCAGCUUAUUCUUUAGACCCAAGAUCCCUGCUCCCCAAGCAGCCUGCUCACCUUCCCAACAAAGAUCUGGGGACAGUGGAGGCUGGUACCCACUGUUGAGAGACAUGGCUCUCCCUGAAUAACACUCAUUAAAGCAUUCACUUUUACA